GGAGCAGGAGCCUCGCUGCUGCUUCUGUCGCGCUCUCUGCGCUCAGUGCCUACAGGCGGGAGGAGCCUGGACCCAGGCGCCUCCGUCAGGCGUGUGGCGCCGGAGGCUGGCCCCGAAGUGCGUUUCGGAUCCCCGUGCGCCUUUAGCGAGGAGUCUGCGCGCAGAGAGUCCCGGGAGCGCCGCCGGCCGGUGCCCCGCGAGCCGAGCCAUGCAGCAGCUUCCGCGAUGGAGCUCCGAGCGGCGGUAGCACCCCGCGAGAAGCGGUCCGCAAUGCCCCGGCAACUGUGAUCGGUGCCGCCCACCCAUAUACACUCAGCCCCGGACAGGUUCAGCGUUGGACACACACGACCCUGCGCACCGGCGACUAGCACCUAGGAGUCCAGUGGGCAGGGAGCGCAGGGAAGGCCUCCCCGCAGUGCCGGGGAACGCCGGGGGUGCAGCGCGCGAACACGCACUCGGGCUGCACUGGAGGCUAGGGAUGUCGUCCUGGAUGAGGUGGCAUGGACCUGCCAUGGCGCGGCUCUGGGGUUUCUGCUGGCUGCUUGUGUGCUUCUGGAGGGCCGCCCUCGCCUGUCCCACGUCUUGCAAAUGCAGUGCCUCUCGGAUUUGGUGCAACGACCCUUCUCCCGGCAUCAUGGCAUUUCCGAGGUUGGAGCCUAACAGUGCAGAGCCUGAGAACAUCACCGAAAUUUUUAUUGCAAAUCAGAAAAGGUUAGAAGUCAUCAAUGAAGAUGAUGUUGAAGCUUAUGUAGGACUGAAAAACCUGACAAUUGUGGAUUCUGGAUUAAAAUUUGUGGCUUAUAAAGCAUUUCUGAAAAACAGCAACCUGCAGCACAUCAAUUUCACCCGAAAUAAGCUGACGAGUUUGUCUAGGAAACAUUUCCGUCACCUUGACUUGUCUGAGCUGAUCCUGGUGGGCAACCCAUUUACAUGCUCCUGUGAUAUUAUGUGGAUCAAGACUCUCCAAGAGACAAAAUCCAGUCCAGAAGCUCAGGAUUUGUACUGCCUAAAUGAAAGCAGCAAGAAUAUUCCCCUGGCAAACCUGCAGAUACCCAAUUGUGGUUUGCCAUCUGUGAAUUUGGCUGCACCUAACCUCACUGUGGAGGAAGGACAGUCUAUCACAUUGUUUUGCAGUGUGGCAGGCGAUCCACUUCCUAAUAUGUACUGGGAUGUUGGAAAUUUGGUUUCCAAACAUACAAAUGAAACAAGCAACACACAGGGCUCCUUAAGGAUAACUAAUAUUUCAUCUGAUGACAGUGGAAAGCAAAUCUCUUGUGUGGCAGAAAAUCUUGUAGGAGAAGAUCAAGAUUCUGUCAACAUCACUGUGCACUUUGCACCAACUAUCACAUUUCUCGAAUCUCCAACCUCAGACCACCACUGGUGCAUUCCAUUCACUGUGAAAGGCAACCCUAAACCAGCGCUUCAGUGGUUCUAUAACGGGGCAAUAUUGAAUGAGUCCAAAUACAUCUGUACUAAAAUACAUGUUACCAAUCAUACGGAGUACCAUGGCUGCCUCCAGCUGGAUAAUCCCACUCACAUGAACAAUGGGGACUACACUCUGAUAGCCAAGAAUGAGUAUGGGAAGGAUGAGAGACAGAUUUCUGCUCACUUCAUGGGCUGGCCUGGAAUUGAUGAUGGUGCAAACCCAAAUUAUCCUGAUUUACUUUAUGAAGAUUGGACUGCAGCAAAUGACAUUGGAGACACCACCAACAGAAGUAAUGAAAUCCCUUCCACAGACGUUGCUGACAAAACUGGCCGGGAGCAUCUGUCGGUUUAUGCCGUGGUGGUAAUUGCGUCUGUGGUGGGAUUUUGUCUGCUGGUAAUGCUGUUCUUGCUUAAGUUGGCAAGACACUCCAAGUUUGGCAUGAAAGAUUUCUCAUGGUUUGGAUUUGGGAAAGUAAAAUCAAGACAAGGUGUUGGUCCAGCUUCAGUUAUCAGCAAUGAUGAUGAUUCUGCCAGCCCGCUCCACCACAUCUCCAAUGGGAGUAACACUCCAUCCUCUUCUGAAGGCGGCCCUGAUGCCGUCAUCAUUGGAAUGACCAAGAUCCCUGUCAUUGAAAAUCCCCAGUAUUUUGGCAUCACCAACAGUCAGCUCAAGCCAGAUACAUUUGUUCAGCACAUCAAGCGACAUAACAUUGUUCUGAAAAGGGAGCUAGGUGAAGGAGCUUUUGGAAAAGUUUUCCUAGCUGAAUGCUAUAACCUCUGUCCUGAGCAGGAUAAGAUCUUGGUAGCAGUGAAGACGCUGAAGGACGCCAGCGACAAUGCACGCAAGGACUUCCACCGUGAGGCUGAGCUGCUGACCAAUCUCCAGCACGAGCACAUUGUCAAGUUCUAUGGUGUUUGUGUGGAGGGAGACCCUCUCAUCAUGGUCUUCGAGUACAUGAAACAUGGGGACCUCAACAAGUUCCUUAGGGCACAUGGGCCUGACGCGGUGCUGAUGGCCGAGGGCAACCCGCCUACGGAGCUGACCCAGUCGCAGAUGCUGCACAUCGCGCAGCAGAUCGCCGCAGGCAUGGUCUACCUGGCGUCCCAGCACUUCGUGCACCGCGACCUGGCCACCCGGAACUGCUUAGUUGGAGAAAACCUGCUGGUGAAGAUUGGGGACUUUGGGAUGUCCCGGGACGUGUACAGCACUGACUACUACAGGGUCGGUGGUCACACGAUGCUGCCCAUUCGCUGGAUGCCUCCAGAGAGCAUAAUGUACAGGAAAUUCACCACCGAGAGUGAUGUCUGGAGCCUGGGGGUCGUGUUGUGGGAGAUCUUCACCUAUGGCAAGCAGCCCUGGUACCAGCUGUCAAACAAUGAGGUGAUAGAAUGCAUCACUCAGGGCCGAGUCUUGCAGCGACCUCGCACGUGCCCCCAGGAGGUGUACGAGCUGAUGCUGGGGUGCUGGCAGCGAGAGCCCCACAUGAGGAAGAACAUCAAGGGCAUCCACACCCUUCUUCAGAACUUGGCCAAGGCGUCUCCUGUCUACCUGGAUAUUCUAGGCUAGGGCCUUUUCCCCAGACCCGAUCCUUCCCAACGAGCUCCUCAGACGCACCGAAAGGACGGACAUCUUUUAACUGCCGCUGGACGUCAUGACACUGCUGUCCUUCACGCUGACAGCGUUAACAACAAGACAGCGAGACGCUUUCAGAGGGAAGCAAUGUGUACUUCUCCAUCCACAGACACAGUAUUGACCUCUUUUGUUUUUUUUGGCAUUAUCUUUUUCUCUCUUCCCACCUCCCUUUGUUGCUUCCUUUAUUUUUCUCUUUUUCUUUCCUUUUUUUUUGGUCUUUCCCGCUUCACAGUCCUUUACUCUCUCCUUUUGAUCAAUCUGGCUUCUGUAUUAUUAUUAACUCUGCAUAGACAAAGGCCUUAACAAACCUAAUUUGUUAUAUCAGCAGACACUCUGGUUUGCCCACCAUAACUAACAAUGCCUUGUUGUAUUCCUGCCUUUGAUGUGGAUGAAAAAAAGGGAAAACAAAUAUUUGACUUAAACUUUGUCACUUCUGCUGUACAGACAUUGAGAGUUUCUAUGGAUUCACUUCUAUUUAUUUAUUAUUAUUACUCUUCUUAUUGUUUUUGGAUGACUUAAUGCUGUGUAUGAAAAGGAAAACUUGCGUUCGAUCUGGGAAAACUUUAUCUAUGGGAGAUUAAAACCAUAGAGAGAGAAGAUUUAUAAUAAACUAUACAGUACAGGAGAAACAAAGACAACCAUUGAGAUCAGCCGGCGUCAGGCCCUACUUAGGAAAAACCCAGCAACUGUUAUCUGGGAGGAAUGUAUUCUGCACCUCCCCCUGAGGACCUUUCUGAGGAGUAAAAAGACUGUUGACCUCUGUGCCGUGGACUACUCUUUUCCCAUCACCAGAAACACUGGUGUGCAAUAGAAAGAAAAGAUGGCUUCCACGGGACACAAGAUGACUCAUCAGAUGCUCACAGUAUUAUCUUGGUUGGUCAUAGUGACAGCAUUGGUGUGUUUCUCAAGUGUUAGCUACCAACAUUUUAUAUGUUCAGUUGAAAAGAGUUGGAUUCUUGCCCACAGAUCAUUUCAGGUUCAGAUGGAAAAGCC